CAGAGACAGACAUUUCUCACUUCAGCACAGCAGACAUGACAUUCUCUCUCAUCAUUAACACCAUCAUGACCGUCAGGAGGAGAACAUAAAGCUGCAGCGAUGUCUUUACCACAAACAAAGAAGAAGAAAAUAAAAAAUGCAUUUGGAGCCACAGCACCACCAUUUAUCGACUACCUGAAAGAGAUUCUCAGACGCUACCCUGAUGGAGGACAGAUACUGAAGGAGCUGAUACAGAAUGCAGAUGAUGCCAGAGCAUCAAAAACCAUAUUCAUUCACGAUAAGAGAAGAUAUGGCACAGAAAGUGUGUGGAGUCAAGAACUGGGAACGUAUCAAGGACCAGCUCUGUACGCGUUCAAUGAUGCAGACUUUACUGAGAAGGACUGGGAAGGGAUUCAACGAGCAGGGAGGAGCAUCAAGUACGAUGAUCCAACCAAAGUGGGGAGAUUUGGCAUUGGAUUCAAUUCUGUUUAUCAUGUUACAGAUUUGCCAUGGGUAUUGAGCUCCAAACACCUUGCAGUUUUUGACCCACAACAGCUGAUGUUUGAUGAUGAGCGUGAGGGUUACCGCUGGUCCCUGAAUGAUGAAGAGGACAAAAAGCGCCUUUUAGAAUUUACAGAUCAAUUCAAACCUUUUCAGGAUAUUGUUAAUCUAGUCUGUGAGAAUGCAUGUGCUUGGCAGAAGAUCAUUAAUGAAGGUUACUUUAAAGGAACACUCUUUCGGUUUCCUCUGCGUCAUGAGGCCUCUGAAAUUUCUGACAAUUUAUAUGACUCCAAGAAGGCCAACCAACUCUUUGACAGCUUCAUUCCAAAUGCAGAUAUUAGUGUUUUGUUUCUAAGAUCAGUCUCAUCCAUUUCUUUGUGGCAUAUUGACUCAAAUGACAUAGUCACCAUUAGGAUGAAUGUUUCUGCAUUAUCUCCAUCCAGCCCACUCCAGGAAAGUGAGGAUUUCAGAAGAAACUGUUUGCAAGGCAAGACUAGCUUUAAAACAGUGUCCUGCAGAUUGCCAUGUCAAGAAAAAACAACCACCAAGUGGCUUGUGACAGCCUGUCGCUUAACAGAAGGACGUGUACCUGAGAUCGACUUGCUCGCUGGCAAACUGAGUUUUUACCCUCAGGUUGACAUAGCAUUUUGGUGCGACGAAGACAGUGCAUGUGGCAGUGGAAGACUGAGCUGCUUCUUGCCCCUUCCAAAUAAUGAAACAAACAGGACAGGACUCCCUGUUCAUAUUAAUGCAUGCUUUGGACUUACAGACAACAGAAGGUACAUCAAGUGGCAGGAAGAGGAUCAGAAGAAUGAUAAAUCAGCAGAGUGGAAUGAGCUGCUAAUGAAGGAGGUUCUUCCUCAUGUAUAUUUAAAAAUAAUCAAAGACAGUAUACAACUAUCAAGAAAGUCGGUACUGCCUGUAAGUGCUGUGUACAAUCUCUGGCCUGAUCUGAGAGCGACGGAACACAGGCCACGUUGGCAUGAAGUUGCAGUAGAUCUUUUACAAAGAUUAUUCGAAAAUCAGGAAAUCUUUUCCUUAGCUAAAAAUGACAAAAAAUGGGUGGUUGCUUCAAAUGCAGUUUUUCUGCAUAAUAUUUUUAUUGUUUUUUUAACACCAUUGUAAUAGAAGCAUCAGUUCUCACUGUAGCUGGGUAACAUACUUCCCAUAAACAGUAACAAAUACGAAUUGCAUGAAGACUGUAAAAAUAAUCAAAUGUUUGCAGCUUUUUCUGAAGAUUUUAUGUUGCUUAAAUUGGCAGCCUUAAAGGUGGGGUGCACGAGGUUUGAGAAAUGCUUCAGAAAACUGAGUUGGGCUGACAAACAAAACAAACGUUUAGCCAAUGAGCAGAAAGGGGCGUGUCUUGUCAACAUGUGGCGGAGAGAGUGUUCAGUGUCUGACAUUAGUCUGACAUUAGCCGAAAGCACUUGAAAGAUUGACAUGGCGGAUAAAAACGGAAAGCGAAAAAGACUUACUAUAAGGCAAGAAGCAGGACCUGUGUUAAUAUAGGAUCAGCAUUCCAGCGCUGGGGAGAACUGAAUGUCUUCCGCGUGAAACAGAGCUAAACCUUUCACGGUGCAACACAAAGUACUACAAAAAAACAUUUGACCUGCAUUACCACAGUAUUACUCAAUCAAAACAUUUGGGUUGGGGCAUGUUUGUUUUGGUGAUUUCAAAUGGCAACAAUGGCUUUCAAACAUCGUGCACUCAACCUUUAGGUAAUAAAUACUAUUUAAUGAUUUACACAAAUGUAAAUAAAGUUCUAUUAAAAGCA